CCGGAAGCUUUGGGCAGCUGGUUGGGGCCCGCGGUGGUGAUGCUGCAGGCUGGGGUCUCCAGAGUGUACAUUCAGUGAAGAUUGGCGCUCUACCUGUCUGGUCCAGCUGGUUGCUCAGUGCUUAACCUGAUGACACCUGGCACACAAGAGAAGUUUCCGCAAGUCACAAUUUUUAGACAAUAUUAAGAUAAUAAUCAUGAACACCAAAGACUUUGUAGUUCUUCCAUGGGGAAAACCUGGACAUUCGGUAAAGCUGAAAUAUAAAAAUGCUCAAGAGCUGAGGAUGGAGAAAGCCCAAUUAGAGAUGGAGAACCAAGAGAUGGAAAAGAAACUGCAAGAGUUCCAUUCAACGAGGAGCAAAGAAAAGGAAGAAAGAGUGUCAAGUGGCUAUCACUGGAAAUCUGGAAAAGUGGGCAAAUUGGGUAAUCAAUCACAUAUAAUGUCACAAAAUAAAGGAAAUGUUAUUAAGUUUUCUGCUGGAAAAGUAAAAUUAAAAUUACUGAAGGAGCAGUUUCAAGAGACAGUGAGACAACCACUUAAUUAUAAAAUGACCAAUUCCUCCGGAAAUGAAAAACCCAAGAUAAAAGGGAAGGUUUGUGGACAGUGUGAGAACAAAGCUGCGCUGCUCGUAUGCCUUGAAUGUGGAGAAGAUUAUUGCUCAGGAUGCUUUGCUAAAAUCCACCAGAAGGGGGCACUAAAGCUCCACAGAACAACUCUUUUGCAGGUAGAAGUUUCAACAACAAAAAAAGCAGAAUGUGUAAACCCAGGAGAUCUGCUCUUGUGUGAAGGGUCAUUUGAUGAAGAUCCUUCUGCCCAGUUCUUUCAGGAAGUUUUAAAUCAGAGGAAAACUGGACAUCAUGAUGACAAUGAAGAACAGAAAUUACGUGCAGGAAAACCAGACUCAUUGGAAGAUUGUGAAGUACAAACUGAUCUGAAAAUUUGGAGAGAACCACUUAAUAUUGAAUUUAAAGAAGACAGUAUAUCCUAUAUGGAAAAACUAUGGCUUAAGAAGCACAGGAGAACUCCACAGGAGCAACUUCGAAAAAUGCUUCCAGAUACAUUCAUACCUCAGUGUACAACUGCUAGUGAGUCACCAUGUUCUCAGCAUGAAAAUUAUGAAGACAGUGAUGUUGAGGAGACCAAAGUACAACACCCAGCUCUUUUUCUGCCAGUAGAAGAUUUAAGCACAGAGAGACCUGAACCAUCUCUAAAGAUAGUUGAACUGGAUGAUACUCAUGAAGAGGAAUUUGAAGAACCAGGAAAUGUCGUGCCUUACACAGUUGAGUUAGCUGGUGCUGACAGUCAACAAAGUUGCGCAUUUCGUGAUUAUCAGAAUACAUUUCUGUAUGAAAAUGACAUCGUCCAUCAACAUCGUGUUUUCACCAAGGGAAAAACAGACCUCUUAUAUCUUUGUCUGAACAACAACUCUUCUUAUUGUGAAGAUAACUCAAAAGCAGGGUCUUCAAAUGUAAAAUUCGACAACAUUGUGGAAUCUGAGGUUUAUUCUCCUGCUGUUGAAAAAGAGAGACAUUUCAAAGAGAAAUGUAUGGAUAUGGAAAGUAAUCAAAUGUCUGAUGAUUCCUGCAUAUCACUUGCGAGCAAAGGUUCUUUGUCAAGUGUUGAUUUAGAAACACCUUCCAUUAAUGAGAAAUUAUCUCAAGACAUCAAUGAAUCCUUGAAAUUUAGCGAUCUGCAUGAGAGGACAAAUGCUAAAGAUUCAAAAACUACACAAUCCCCACUGUCGUUACAAGAAGUAGCCCUCAGAAGUAAGCCUAUAACUGAAAAAUAUCAAGGACUUGAAAGAUUCUUUGUUUUUGAUAAAAAUGAAAAGCUCAACUUCCUUCCUUCUAAUAGCUUAGAAUGCAGCUAUUCCAGUACUAGGAUUACAAUUACAGGAGGCAGAGAAUGGAUCCCAGACAAUAGCAUAAGUGCACCUGCUGACAGCGCAGUUGCCUUGUGUGUUCCUCAGAGUGCCCAGAACCCAUCAUCAAGUAGAACCCAGCAAAAGAUGGGCCAGACAUCACAGAGACCUUCAACAGCACAUCUGCCACUUUCUAACUCUGUUAAAAAAAGCUCCCGUUGCCUUUCCUCCUCUCAUCCUCGAUCAAGAAGUGCAGUCACUCCAUCGUUAUCUAGAGCUGCUUAUGAAAUUUCAAAAAUUGAAUAUAUCGAUAUUACUGACCACAAUGAGCCUUCCUCAGACCAUGCUGCUGAUCAACAAACCUUAGACAAUUUGGACAAAGAAUUAAAAGUGCUGAGAAAUCUUGCAGAUCCUUCAGAGAAAGUUUACAGCCUAACCUCAGAAGAGUCACCAGCCUCCAGCAACCAUUUGCUGAAUAUCAACCAGACUAUUCUUGAUUUUCUUAAGAGCUUACGUGCAACUGGACCCUGUGAAAUUGAGGAACUAAGCUCUUCUGAAAAAGAUACUGAAGUUCAGUCUCUGCUGACACUUUCUGAGAGCAGCCCAGAAGAGGAGGAAGAGGAUUUUCUUGACAAGCAACUUGUCAUCACACUACCAUGGUCAAAGAGUACCUAAGUUUCAGUGCUUUUUCCAUUCUGUACCCCGAGUAAAUGGAAAAAAGUAACAACUGAAAGAAGUACCCAAGUGAUUCCUUGUUGAGGUGCUGCAGAUUUUUGAUUAUUAAUGUCUGAUAUUUCAAGGUUUGCAGACUAAUAAAAGUAAGCAAAAUGA